GUUAUUGUUGUUAGCUUCCACCGUUUGGAAAGGCGUAGGAACGCGAACGCAUCGUGCGGUAAUUUGCGUGAAGAAAAAAGGAAAUUUUGCAGUAAAAUAGUGUCAAGCAGUUAAGAUUUGUGUCAGAAAAAACGUAUCAAAGAUCGAAAUAGCAUACAGCGUGUAACAUAUGCAGCCGAAUUCGUCAGCAUAAAUUAUUUAUAAACUAUAUGCAAAAAAAAUAUUUAAAAUAAAAUGAAAUUUUAAUACAUAAAGUAAAAAAUCAAAUUUGAUUAGAGAAAUUAUCAAAAAUUCUGUGCUAUAUUUAGUAAUGAAAAUCGUCGCACACUUCCGACGACAACGACCGGGCAAAAGCAAAUAUAAUAGCGGCAGAAGUAGCAGCAGCAGCCGCAGCAGGAAACCCACCGAAAUUAACUAAAUUAAUUUAUAUGCUUAGUUAUGGAAUUGGCGUAUGCUUUUGCCACUUAACAACGUAUCACAUCCAGCCUCAGCAAGAGCCCCAACCACAGUCACAACUCGCUAUGAGCUAUAACAUCGAUUGGGUAUUCAACCGUAUGCGGUAUCAUUCAGGUUUCUGGCUCAUUGUUAGUCAGAUUGUCAUCACAGCGGUGGGAUUGUUUGCCAAAUUCGUGCUGGUUUUUCUGAACAAAACAAAAGUGUACAACAAAGAAAGACUGAUAAAGGAGUUAGGGAAACGUCCAACCGGUGUGCCCUUAGUCACAAUUUCAAAUCAUCACUCAUGCUUCGAUGAUCCAGGAUUAUGGGGUGUGCUUCCAAUAAAAUAUUUAUGCAACACAUUUAGGAUACGUUGGUCGAUGGCAGCGCAUGACAUUUGUUUUACCAAUAAAUUUCAUUCAAAUUUCUUUAUGUAUGGAAAAUGCAUUCCAGUGGUACGUGGCUCCGGUGUCUAUCAGGAUGCAAUUAAUUUGUGUAUACAAAAAUGUGCGCUCGGCCAUUGGGUGCACGUCUUUCCCGAGGGUAAAGUUAACAUGACCAAAGAGGAGAUGCGCCUCAAGUGGGGUGUGGGUCGUAUUAUAUACGAAUCGCCACGUAUUCCGAUCAUUAUACCCAUGUGGCAUGAGGGCAUGGAUGAGGUAUUGCCCAACACAGAGCCCUACAUACUGAAGUGGGGCAAAAAGGUGACACUAAAUAUUGGCAAACCAAUAGACUUGCACGAUUUCAUACAGGAUCUCAAAGAUCGCAAAGUGCCUGAACCGGAGGCAAGAAAAUUAAUAACCGAUAAAAUACAGGAUGUGUUGCAUUAUUUACGUAAAGAAACACAAGAACUUCAUAAAAAGCGGCUAUAGAAAUUAAGUAAAUUUGUUGUAUAUAAUUAUUUAAUUAAAAUUAUACUCACAGACAAGCGCCUUGCGCCUUUUUAGCUCUUAUGUGUUUAGGAAAAAUACAAGAAAAGUAAAUAAUUUAUCACGAAAAUAUUAUAGAAUUUAAGUUUCUCGAACAAAAAAGUGCAAUACUUUUUUCAAAGCUUUCUAUCUAAACUUUUAAAAUUUAUGUAGCUAUAACGCCAAGCGAAAUUCAAGUUUCCUUAAUUUUCAUUGCAAAUGAUUUGUUCCUUAAAAGUAAAGACGCUCAUUUAUUAAAAAUAUAACAGAACUAUUGUAUUAUAACAAAAAGUAAUGUAAAAAAUCUGACGCCCCCUAAAAUGUGUCUUUGCAUAGAGGUUUAUGUAUUAUAUUAUAACCAUCGUAUCUUGCCUAUUUUAGUUAAAAUUUUAGUUGUUUGUCUUUUAAAAAAUAAACGAAAACUGAAAUACACUACCUAGGCUCAUGUAUUCGUACACUUUUACAUAUUGUGUUUUAUGUAGAAAUAAAUUAUGUAAAUAUGACUAGCUAUAAUAUAAAUACAUAACGAAUGUAUGUAUGUACCAAAUAUCCAACUGAAAUUUAUAGGUAUGCGAAUUAAAAUAAAACAUAUUUAUAUACUUAAAUUGUAAGCGUAUUGUGACCGUUGUGCGAAUCGUAUGUCUAAGCGAGCAAGAACAUACUUCGAGCUUGUGAAAAGAGCCUGUGAAAAAUGUUGCAUGUAGAAAAAUCUUAUUUUAAAAACGAGCAUCACUGUCAAACUUUUAAGUAUUAUAAAUAUAUGCAAAUUGUGCUAAAAACUCGA